UCUAGUCUACGCCUCAGCCAUUGUAUUUCGCCGUUGUCUCUAUUCAGUGGUGUGCUGUAACUCAGUAAUUUCGUCGAUUUUAAUAAACGCAGAUUGUAGACUUCCAGCUGAAUUUAUCAAAACCUAGUCUGCACACGGAUUGCAAAGAAGAUAUUUAGAAAAAUAUUAGAUUUUUUGGGCUCACGCGAUAUUAAAAUUAGCAGCAGGCUACCUUUUUAGUUUAUUUCCCCAAAAAACCUUUGUUAUUAAACCAAUAGGCAUUUCUCCACGGAUCCGGUUUCUAUUUAGAUGGCAAGCUUCCCAGGUUCUGUAAAUGAAAAUGAAAUAGGUAAGGCUAAGUUCAUCGGUGAACUCUUAGUGCCUGUUGCUCCCUUUGACCAGAAGUCUGGGCGAGAGACCUGGACUGUAGCCUUUGCACCUGAUGGUUCUUACUUCGCUUGGUCUCAAGGGCAUCGCAUCGUGAGGCUCGUUCCCUGGUCAAAAUGCCUGAAGAAUUUUGGUGGGGAAGGCUCCAACAGAGCAGGCACUCAGCGUUUGUCGCGGCAGGACAGCGAGGGGGGAACAGUGGUGCCAGUGGGCGAGCCCAGGGAGCACACCAUCGACUGCGGUGACAUUGUGUGGGGCCUGGCCUUCGGCUCGUCAGUCCCAGAGAAGCAGAGUCGCUGCGUCAACAUCGAGUGGCACCGCUUCAAGUUCGGUCAGGACCAGCUGCUGCUUGCCACGGGCCUCAACAACGGACGCAUCAAGAUCUGGGAUGUCUAUACUGGAAAGCUGUUGCUGAAUCUCAUGGACCAUACAGAUAUAGUGCGAGACCUGACUUUCGCCCCUGACGGCAGCCUCAUGCUGGUAUCGGCAUCCAGAGACAAAACCCUGCGGGUCUGGGACCUGAAAGAUGACGGUAACAUGGUGAAAGUGUUGCGGAGUCAUCAGAACUGGGUCUAUUGCAGCGCAUUCUCACCAGACUCCUCAGUCCUCUGCUCUGUUGGAGCCGGUAAAUCGGUGUUCCUUUGGGAUAUGGAUAAAUAUUCCCUGAUCCGGAAGCUGGAGGGUCACCAUAACGAUGUGGUGUCCUGUGAGUUCUCUCCCGACGGAGCCUUGCUCGCCACCGCCUCCUACGACACCCGUGUCAUCAUCUGGGACCCCCACAUGGGCACUGUGCUGCUUGAGCUAGCGCACCUCUUCCCCCCCCCCUCGCCCAUCUUUGCUGGAGGGGCCAACGAUCGCUGGGUACGCUCUGUAGCGUUCUGUCACGACGGGCGUCACAUUGCCAGCAUCACUGACGACCGAAUGGUGCGUUUCUGGACAAUUGAUGAGACUUCUCCCCAGGCCAUCGCCCCCCUCACUAACGGCCUCUGCUGUGCGUUCUCUACUGACGGGAGUUUCCUAGCAGCUGGGUCUCGAGACGGCAGCGUGCAUUUCUGGGCGUGCCCAAAGAGCAUUGCCAGCCUGCAGCACCUGUGUCGCAUGGCACUACGACGGGUCAUGUCCACCCAGCAGGUGCAGACGCUGCCUAUCCCGUCCCGCAUACGCUCCUACCUGUCUUACCAAGAUCUCUAGCCCUCCACAUUCACCCUCACUGCCCAACACAGCAUGCUGGAAACCAAUGAAUAUUACCUUCCUAGAAAAAACACCCAGGAAAAAUACCUAAAAAAUAACCGAAGAGGAAAACUUGAUUGACAAACUAACUGUUCUGUGACAAGAGACAUUUUGGGGUAUUUAUUUUUGUAGGUUUACUUCCGUGUGUGCGUGCCAUGGCCCCCCUCAGGGAGCGUGGUUGAAUGGUUAAGUUAUUUCAGUGGCCUGUCUCAGCGUAAGAUGGCCUUACCAUAUGUCACCUCUGGAUAAUUCUACAUUAUUCCUCCAAUAGACUUUUUUGCUGCUGAUCAUUUGCCUGGUGGUGGUGGAAUCAAUAUUGAUGUGCUGUCUCUCAACCUUCUCCGACUUGGAAGCAGAGAAACCAUGCAACUCCACUGACUUUACUGUACGGACUACUAAGGUUGCAAAAUUCUGGGAACUUUCAAUAAAUUCUCUGGUUAUCCCAAAAUCCAGUUUGGAGGAAAUCUGGAAUCCGGAGGGAAUAAGGAGGAAAUCCGGAAUCCUCCAACCAGGAUUUUGCAACUCUACUAACGACUGAGUGAGAGGAUGGAGGGUUCGUCCCAACGCUUUCAGUGCUUCAGAGACGGGCAUGAGGGUGUGUGUGUGUGGAAGCCAGGGGAGUCAAACUCAUUUUGCCACAUGGGUCUUCGCCGAGGUCUGCAGGGCUGCAAGUACAAUUGAUUAUAUUUCCUCUGUCAGAAUGUGUUUGUUUUUUUAAGUCCUCUUUCCAUCGCUUUUGGAAUUUUCGAUUCUCCUUGACUGUCUAGCUUUCAUUUCGAUUGCCUUUUAGAAAGCUGGACAUAGUGAGGUUACACCGUUUUGUUUUGGUAAUUUCAAUAUCAAUUGAGAUUGUUUUCCAUUUUGCUUUAAAUGGAAAACAAUCUGAAAGUGAAUGACUGCUGAUAAGAUUUGACCUUCUGCUGCAACGGGCUGCUGGAUCCCUCCCUCCGUUUUCUGCUACCCUAGAUUUCAUUUUUAUUUUUUUUUACCUUUAUUUAACCAGGCAAGUCAGUUAAGAACACAUUCUUAUUUUCAAUGACGGCCUGGGAACAGUGGGUUAACUGCCUGUUCAGGGGCAGAACGACAGAUUUGUACCUUGUCAGCUCGGGGGUUUGAACUCGCAACCUUCCGGUUACUAGUCCAACGCUCUAACCACUAGGCUACGCUGCCGCCCCUCAGAUCUCCUCAGGUCUUAACCCUUACUCCCUCGCAUGCCCAGGUGCUCAACGUGCUUUCCUUUCCACACAUCCUGCCUCACUCACGCCCAGGAGGGCAAAGACUGCCUGUAGCCUACACUGUCUCAUCUCGGUCUCAAAACAAUAGCAACUCAUGGUCUGACCUGUUUCGUUCUCAUUUUUUACCUGGGGGGAAAAAAAUCUGUAUAGACAAUUGAUUGUGUGUGUGUGUGUGUGUGUGUGUGUGUGUACUGUGUACAGUGGCUUGUGAAAGUAUUCGCCCCCUUGGCAUUUUCCCUAUUUUGUUGCCUUACAACCUUGAAUUAAAAUGUAUUUUUGGGGAUUUAUCAUUUGAUUUACACAACAUGCCUAACACUUUGAAGAUGCUAAAUGUGUUUUAUUGUGAAACACACCAGCAAUAAGAUAAACAGAACUCGAGCGUGCAUUACGCCCCCAAAGUCAAUACUUUGUAGAGUCACCUUUUGCUGCAAUUACAGCUGCAAGUCUCUUGGGGUAUGUCUCUAUAAGCUUGGCACAUCUAACCACUGGGAUUUUUGCCCAUUUUCAAGGCUAAACUGCUCAAGCUCCUUCAAGUUGGAUGGGUUCCACUGGUGUACAGCAAUCUUUAAGUCAUUCCACAGAUUCUCAAAUAGAUUGAGGUGUAGGCUUUGACAAGGCCAUCCCAAGACAUUUAAAUGUUUCCUCUUAAACCACUGAAGUGUUGCUUAAGCCGUAUGCUUAGGGUCAUUGUCCUGCUGGAAGGUGAACCUCCGUCCCAGUCUCAAAUCUCUGGAAGACUGAAACCGCUUUCCCUCAAGAAUUCCCCUGUAUUUAGCGCCAUCUGUCAUUCCUUCAAUUCUGACCAGUUUCCCAGUCCCUGCCGAUGGAAAAACAUCCCCACAGCAUGAUGCUGCCACCACCAUGGAUAGGGUUCUCAGGGUGAUGAGAGGUGUUGGGUUUGCGCUAGACAUAGCAUUUUCUUUGGUGGCCAAAAAGCUCAAUUUUAGUCUCAUCUGACCAGAGUUCCUUCUUCCAUUUAUGUUUGGGGAGUCUCCCCAUGUCUUUUGGCGAACACCAAACGUGUUUGCUUAUAUAUUUUUUUCUUUAAGCAAUGGCUUUUUUCUGGACACUCUUCCGUAAAGCCCAGCUCGGUGGAGUGUACGGCUUAAAGUGGUCCUAUGGACAGAUACUCCAAUCUCCGCUGUGGCGCUUUGCAGGGUCAUCUUUGGCCUCCUUGUUGCAUUUCUGAUUAAUGCUCUCCUUGCCUGGUUAGUGAGUUUGAGGGCGGCCCUCUCUUGGCAGGUUUGUUGUGGUGCCAUAUUCUUUCCAUUUAAAAACAAAAAGAAGGAUUUAAUGGUGCUCCGUGGGAUGUUCAAAGUUUCGGAUAUUUUUUUAUAGCCCAACCCUGAUCUGUACUUCUCCAACUUUGUCCCUGACCUGUUUGGAGAGCUCCUUGGUCCUCAUGGUGCCAAUUGCUUAGUGGUGUUGCAGACUGGGGCCUUUCAGAACAGGUGUAUGUGUACGUAUACAUACAUGCAUACAUACAUACAUACAUACAUACACACACACACACCUGUUCUGAAAGGCCCCAGAGUCUGCAACACCACUUAGAUUGCACACAGGUGGACUUUAUUGAACUAAUUGUGACUUAAGGUAAUUGGUUGCACCAGAUCUUAUUUAGGGGCUUCAUAGCAAAGUGGUUGAAUACAUAUUCACACACCACUUUCCUGUUUUUAAAUCUUUAGAAUUUUUAGAAUUUUUUUUUUUUACUUCACCAAUUUCGACUAUUUUGUAUGUCCAUUUACAUGACAUCCAAAUAAAAUCAAUUCAAAUUACUGGUUGUUAUGCAACAAAAUAGGAAAAAAGCCAAGGGGGAUGAAUCUUUUUGCAAGGCACUCUACAUGCAGUACUAGUCAAAAGUUUGGACACACCUCAUUCAAGGUUUUUCUUUAUUUUUUAUAUUUUCUACAUUGUAGAAUAAUAGUGAAGACAUCAACUAUGAAAUAACACACAUGGAAUCAUGUAGUAACAAAAUAAGUGUUAAACAAAUCAAACUAUAGUUUAUAUUUGAGAUUCUUCAAAUAUAGCUUUGCACAAUUGGCAUUCUCUCAACCAGCUUCACCUAGAAUGCUUUCCAACAGUCUUGAAGGAGUUCCCACAUGCUGAGCAGUUGUUGGCUGCUUUUCCUUCACUCUGCGGUCCAACUCAUCCCAAACCAUCUCAAUUGGGUUGAGGUCGGGUGAUUGUGGUGGCCAGGUCAUCUGAUGCAGCACUCCAUCACUCUUGGUCAAAUAGCUCUUACACAGCCUGGAGGUGUGUUGGAUCAUUGUCCUGUUGAAAAACAAAUGACAAUCCCACUAAGUGCAUACAAGAUGGGAUGGCUACAGAAUGCUGCAGAAUGCUGUGGUAGCCAUGCUGGUUAAGUGUGCCUUGAAUUCUAAAUAAAUCACUGACAGUGUCAACAGCAAAGCACCCCCAGACCAUCACACCUCCAUGCUUUAUGGUGGGAACUACAUAUGCGGAGAUCAUCCGUUCACCUACUGUGUCUCAGAAAGACACGGCGGUUGGAACCAAAAAUCUACAAUUUGGACUCAUCAGACCUAAGGACAGAUUUCCACCGGUCUAAUGUCCAUUGCUCACGUUUCUUGGCCCAAGCAAGUCUCUUCUUAUCGGUGUCCUUUUAGUGGUUUCUUUGCAGCAAUUCGACCAUAAAGGCCUGAUUCACGCAAUCUCCUCUGAACAGUUGAUGUGUUCGUUACUUUUACUCGGUGAGGCAUUUAUUUGGGCUACCAUUUCUGUGGCUGGUAACUCUAAUGAACUUAUCCUCUGCAGCAGAGGUAACUCUGGGUCUUCCUUUCCUGUGGCGGUCCUCAUGAGAGCCAGUUUCAUCAUAGCUCUUGAUGGUUUUUGCUACUGCACUUGAAGAAACUUUCAAGGUUCUUUAAAUUUCCUGGAUUGACUGACCUUCAUGUCUUAAAGUAAUGAUGGACUGUCAUUUCUCUUUGCUUAUUUGAGCUGUUAUUGCCAUAAUAUGGACUUGGUCUUUUACCAAAUAGGGCCAUCUUCUGUAUACCACCCCUACCUUGUCACAAUACAACUGUGACAAGUGACCUUUUAACAAGGCACACCUGUUAAUUGAAAAGGUGAAAACCUCAUGAAGCUGGUGGAGAGAAUGUGAAGAGUGUGCCAAGCUGUUUUCAAGGGUGGCUACUUUGAAGAAUCUCAAAAAACACUUAUUUGGUUGCUACAUGAUUCCAUAUGUGUUAUUUCAUAGUUUUGAUGUCUUCACUAUUAUUGUACAAUGUAGAAAAUAGUACAAAUAAAUUAAAACCCUUGAAUGAGUAGGUGUGUCCAAACGUUUGACUGGCACUGUUGUGUGUGUGUGUAUAUAUAUAUCAGUAUAUGAACAUAUCAGAGGAUGUAGUAUGCUUUUUACUUUUCUUUUUUAUUCUUAUAACGUUACUGUUGUAAACAUUUUUUCCCUCUACAUUAUUUUCUCUCAUUUUAAUGUGAAGACCUGUAUAUGAAUUAAUGACACAAUCUCUUAUUGUAGAGACCAGGGUGUAGUCUGCUCCUUCAGAAGUGGUAAAACGGAGACGGUGAAUUUCUAGUGUGCCCUAGGACUUACAGAAAAAGCCUUAAAGGCGGUUGCCAUCUGUAUUAAUGACUGUCUGAAACCCAUGUUCAGUACAAACCUCUCUUUUCUCCUGUGCUAUGCUGCACAACUCUAAAGUGGAGUUCCUAAAUGUAAGAAAUAACCUAUAGGGGAGAGUAAUACAAGAUCAUCUUCUGAAAAUAAGUCAUCUUCACAGUUGCCAUCUGUAGCAUGGGAUCUUUAUUGAUUGUGACAAGCCUUUGAAGCCUUACUGUUAUGCAGGCAUUUGAUAGUAAAUAUUAAACUGGGUAAAAAAAGAGAAUUAUUUUCAGACAAUGUUGAGAAGGGCCAAAUGAAAAAGUAUUAAUGUUCUACUUUUUGUAUUUUGUCUAUGUUGACCUAGGUAGUGGAUACAGGCCUGCUGUUAAUCUUGGCAAUACGUUUUCUAAAGUCAACGGUGAUGCCAAAGGUCUCUCUUUCUCGUUUUGUUGUCUGUUCUUGUCAGUCUGACUUUUCUCUCACAUUGCUAAAACUUGAAACUCUUGUGCAUCUGUGAAUUUUAUUUAAUUUAUUCUGAUUUUAUUUCUCCUCUUAGUAAAGCUGUAAGGUUGUUGUCUUCAGUAACCGGUUGGGUUUGUGUGUUUAGUAAAGCCUUUGCUGAUAGAGCUAGAGGAGGUGAAUGAAUCAAAAGCGCUGGGUUCUCACCAGUGUUGGGGAGUAUUAAACUAGAUGUAGUUCAACUAGUAAUUUAACUACAUUUUGUAGUAGCUCGGCGCUAAUAUACUUCAACUCUAGGUAGGGUUUUCACUCGUGAAUAAACUACUACUGGAACAACACACUAUUUUGGAAAAAGAAAACAUGGAUGUUGUCUAUUUUUUCGGCAUCAGACCUGCCUAAUUCUCACUUCAAAUAAUUGUUUUUAAUAGGCUGUUAACCCCAAAGGGAUCUGUCUUGCAAUUUAUAGUCUUGACAUUUCAGAUUUACAUAUUUUUUUAUCAAAGUAGUUUGAUGUCGUGAACUACUUUUUCAAAGUAACUAGUUAAGUAAACUAUAUUUUUUUCAAAGGGUGACCUUUAGUGUAGUUGAACUUGUUUCAGUGUGAAGUAAUUGGUAGCUUGGUAAACUAUCUUUUCAGAGUAGUGUCCCCAACACUAGUUCUAUUCCACUUUGGGAACACACUAUUCGACAAGUGUGUUCCCAAAAUGAUUGAAAGGGUUUUGGUAUCCUCCAACCAUUGCAAUGUUAAAGAAGCUCCAAUCAAUGUUGAAUAUAUUGAAAUGAAUGUAGUUUCUUUUUUUUCUGGUCUGUUUCAUGUAUGUAAUUUUUGCAUUUAUAGUUUGAAUAAAAUAUAUUUUUGAAAAACAGAAUAA